UAGCAUCAACAAUGAGGUCUAAAAUCGUGUGAGCUAUUGUCAUAAUUCUCGAACGUGUCAAUCAGAAUGGAGAUUGACAGCAUCGUAAUAAGAGACCUACCAUUGAACUAUUUCAAAACUCCAAGGUAACUGCAAAUUGGGCUGCAUGAUUUGAUUACGAUUUGAAAGUUUUCACAAGGAAUAAAAGAAAGGCUGGAAGAUAUCUUCGCCCAGUUGACCAACGCACACGUCGGAGUAUAGGAAGAACAAACGUCAACCAUUUUAACCAUUUGAAAAAAUUCUUAAAAAACCCGAAUCUUUACUAGGCCAACACAUGUAUCAAACUAGCGGAUCUUACAUGUCCCAUAGCAAGCUCCAAUCUCCGUUGACUAUCCAAUGGUUGAAUGAGAACUACGAGGUAGCGGAUGGCGUCAGUUUACCUAGGAGUGCUUUGUACUCGCAUUAUCUGGAYUUUUGUGAAAAGAACAAUCUUACUCCUGUCAAUGCUGCUAGCUUUGGAAAGAUCAUUCGCAACACAUUUCCAAACCUAAAAACUCGAAGACUUGGCACAAGAGGACAAUCCAAGUAUCAUUAUUAUGGAAUCACGAUCAAGGCCACUUCGCCAUAUCAUGAUACAGUGUGCAACGCGGCAAGGCAAAGCAGCACAGGGUUCAGUCAGACUUACAGUAAAGCUGAAGCCGAUGAAAGAACGACCAGUCACACCAUCACCAAGACAACACACGGGUCCAACUCCAGUCUGAUGGUGGCGCCUGGAGGAACGCUAUUGCCAAACUUUCCGGAUGUUACAGUUCUCAAGCUACCUGUUGAUGUAUCACGUGAGAAGGUGAAGACUUUCCUCAUCAUGUACCGAGCACAUUGCCAGCGAAUCCUCGAUACCAUUCUCAGAGCAAACUUCGGAGAGGUGCAGAACUUUUUGAUUCACUUCUGGCAAGGAAUGCCGAGUCAUAUGCUCGAGGUGUUGGGGUGCAGUGAUGUGGUGAAUCUUAUUGGCAUCUGCGAUACGAUUCUUUAUAAGGCCAUCAGUGGAGUUCUCAUUCCAGGGACACUUCAGCCUCUACCUGCGAGUCUUACACAAGCGAUCCGUCACUUUGCAAAGCAGCUUGGCCAGUGGCUGGAAGAAUCCCUUGCGCACUUGCCUCAGCCCUUACAGCAAAAGAAAAUUAAAGUUGCUAAAAGUUUUGCCCAUUCGUUGAGAAGACAGACAUCGCUGACACAUCUAGCGCAGGCAGCCCGUACCGUGCUUCAUAGUUCUGAUCCGGUCAUCCAAAUGCUUGCCGACUGGGGUCAGAUUGACUUCGAAGGCAUUGCCCGUCAAGCCAUGUGGACAUUCAGUCAAGACUCGGAGGAAGACUAUGUCAUGAUCAAAGAAAUACACGCCGAGUUCACCCAGUUAUUAGACCAGCAGGCAACUAUCGAUCAGUAUGCAGAUUGGGCUUCAUCGUUGGUGGAUCGAUUUGUGACAAAGAAAGUCAGCAAGGAAGGACAGACUUUCCAAAAAUGCGCCCAAGAUUUCCUGCUCAAAUGGUCUUUCUUUAGCAUAAGAAUUGUGCGUGAACUCACUCUACACAGUGCCCACAGCUUUGGAUCAUUCCACUUGCUUCAUAUGCUUCUUGAAGACUAUAUUUUGUACACCGUCGAGAACCAAAGCAACCAGGAAGACGGUUCUGUAAUGCCAUUCAAAAGCUCUGUUCCUGAUGUUCCUCUGUUUGAUGGAGAAGAGACUAUGGACAUCGACAGAGAACCAUGUGUCAAGUAUACCAAAUCGAGACGAGUCUCAUCCAGCUCCACAAAUGGGAUGUUGAGCCCGCGAGACAUUCCUCGAGUAUCCAUCUCCGUCCCAACUCUGAGGUCCCCAGUAUAYAGAGACGUGUCCCCACACCCCAUGGGCUCCCCUACCAAUAACGUCAACAAAAUGACCACCUCUGACCAAGGCCACUUUGUCUACCCACCCACCCCAGAAGUGAGCCCGCGAUAUCCUUAUGGUUCAUCACAGAAUUCAAACAACCAGCUGUCACCUAUUAGCCAAUCAGUGAACAGCUACAACCAAAUGCAUUCUUCGUCAGUUGGGAGCGAGAGUAAUAUAAUAGCCAACAACUAUGAAAUACCCAGAGGGUAUACCGGUAUUGACCGAUACUCAAGCCACGAUGCUGGGAGCUUCUUGUCACCGCGCUCGAAGAGCACCAUGGGAAAUAGCGGGUAUGGGAUCUCAACCAGCUCAAGCAAUAUGCCCUACGAAUAUCAUCGCAGCUUUUCGCCGAUGGUUAUGGACCACGUCAAACAUUAUUCACAGUACCCCCUCCCGGAACGAAACUAUCCAUCAGGCUACAUGUUCAGCCCUAGUGUCAUGACGGCUUCCAAUUCCGUCUAUCCUCUCCAGUCCAGUAGCAGCAGUACGAAUGAACGCUAUUAUCCAGACGUAUUGGAGGAGUUUGUCGACAUGCAGGCCGCAAUGCAUCAUGGUCUGCCAAGUCGACCGGUACGAGGGGAUUACAGUUACUCUCCAGCAAUAUUAACCAACUAGUUAGAUAAUCUUUUCAAGCAACAAAUACAGUAGAUGUUUAUAAUCAAAUUGGGUUUAAACUUAAGAAGUUGUUAUUUAAGAAGUGUUUAAUUGAAAUCUACUCAAAAUAUUUAUGGGUGGAUGAGCUUUCGUAAUUAUUUUCCAAAAACUACUGGAGUUCCUCAAGGUUCAUUUUUGGUCCCCAAAAACCAGUAAUUAAUACUACCAUACUACCACUAGUAGUAUACAAUAAACUAAAACAUGAUAUUCGAAUGUAAAAACAGCAAAACAGUAGUCACAAAAAGGUGAAUUUUCAAUAAUCAAUAGCUUUUUUUCACCUAAUUUUUCAAAAACUUUUCAAAGAUAUUACAAAAUACUCUUUAAAAUUGGAACCUGGAAGAUAAUUUAUUUUGCAUCUGAGCAUUUUAAGUUCUUAUUACAUUCAUACUACCGUAGACCAAUGGGAAAAAAGUUUGCCAGGGUAGGAAUAUCAGUAUAAACCUGUACACAUACGCGCCAUGUACAUAUCGUUUUAUUAAACUUACUAUCAGGGGAAAUAAAAAAUCUUCAUUUGCCGAAAUAAAGGGGCCUUAAAAUUCAUCAUAACAUUGUAAAUAACGCAAAAUAGUUAGAUUUAGAUUUUUAAAU